AUGAUCUGGACAGUAGUCAUAGCAGACGCAUUAUCUAUUUCGAAUAACAAGGAAUUCAAGAACGUAUCGGUUCUAGGCGAAGAUGUAGCUGGACUGAAAUGCAAGUAUAUUGUCUGGCUAUUCGUCUGGGCCAUUCAAUCGCUAAAUCAAGAUAUACAGAUUCUCGUUCCGUUAAUGUUGGCACCAGAACAUUUAUCGCUCGUUUCUUCAGUUUCUAAUGCAAUCGAUGGCAAUUUCGAACAGCUGCCCAAACUCCAAGAAUCGGCAAUAACGAAUUCUGCUCUUAUUCUUAGAGCAUAUUGCACAAUUGAGGCUGCAUGGGGAAUUCAGCUUGAUAUUUCAGAGAUCGAGUGUUGUUUAUCAAUUGGACAGAAAUCUAGUGGAUUUAGUGUUAAUCAGUUCUUUACCACUUUCCUUAUUCUUGUGGCGGACCAAGCUUUCAUCCUAUGCAAGGAUAAAUUCAAAAAUGCUCUUCAUACAAUUCUGAAAAGCGACCAUUCAGAGUUUUCCCAUAUCAUUGGAGUGUAUUUCUAUACAGAUCAGCCUGCUGAAAUCAAGAAACUUUUGGCUGGCACACUUGGAAUGCCAUGUCCCAUCCGAAAUGAAAGUUAUUCUUUACUUUGCAAGUUUUUUUUGGAGGAAGUGUUUACCAAGCAAAAACUCGCUGAAACUGCUUUGGCGCUUGUGAACAAGAAAACAAAUGUAGUUAUUGGUAUCGAAGAUCUAUCCAUUAGUCUCACAUACAAUAUGCUGAAAGCCAAGAUUUUUCACAGUACUGGAACAAAUCUUCAGCGGGCCAUUUAUUUGCUUAUUCAUCAGGCUCAAGAUGGCACGCAAGGAUCACUGCUUCCUAGUCUACUAAAACUGUAUUGCGAGAGCUCAUUUGAUUCAACAGGUCCAUUUAGCAAGCUUCCAAUCGAAACAAGCCAUAUUUUACAUACUCUUAAUAGCACAAGUUCACAUGUAGCAGAGCAAUCGCUUCUUUGCUUUUGUAUCUUUUAUCAUCGUCAUCAAUGGUACUCCAAAGAAAUGGAUAGUUUCAACACAUACACCGAUGAGUUUGUCGAUAAUCUUCAUCUCAGACCUAUUUUGGAUUUUGCCGAAGAGCACGUCAAUGCAUCACCUCUUUAUGCUCAACUUGUUGCGCUGAUUUUUGCCCAAUGCCCAGAAUACUACGACCCAACGAUUUAUUUAGACACCCAAAUAUAUGCUACGCCGUUUGAUCUGAUAGAUUCAUCAAUUCAUGCUCAGAUACAAUCUCCUUUAGGAAACGUCACAUACGAAACUUUUGAUAAGCUCAUCUUGGUUCCAGACGGAUUUCUGUUGAGAUCAAUUAUUACUGAUGUAUCCAAGCAAGAAGAAAACGUGAUCAAAAUUCUUAAGAUGCUAUAUCGUAAACAUGCGCGUCAAGUGUUUCCGCUUUUCGAUACCUUGCUUUUGCUUUUGGUUCAUGUGUUGCAAAAAGGGGGAUCCAAAACAUUGUACUAUUGGAUCAAGCAAACCUGGCUACGAAUGCUAAGAUAUCAUCCACAGCUGACCUUUACCAAAACUAUGUCAAAGUUGAACGAUAUGCCAAAUUUGCUGAAAAGAUCCGCAACCGUCCAAGCACAAGAUAACUCUAGCCAUAUCCAAGAAGUUUUAAAAUUUGGAAUAGUGUUUGUGCAGACAGUUGGUUUACUUCCAAUUUUUUUGCAUCUUGUUAAUAUAUCGGCUUUAUUAUUUUCAACCAAGAUCAAGCGAGCCAAGGUGUUGAAUGAGGCUCAAAAAAAUUCUGUACUGCUGGCCAAAGAUGCAAUCAUUUUUCAAUCGCUGAUGAAACUUUGUGACUCUGGUCCAGAAAUGAAAGAAUCGGUGCAAGAAUUAUGUCUGUUUAUCCAUCAGAUAUUUGUUAACCAAGUUGGAUCGCUUAGGUUGGUGCAUUUUCAAGGGUACGAUUCAAAACUAAUUCCAUUAGCAGUUGAGCACAUUCCAUCGUUACAUGUUGUCACAGAUCUGAUACCUGAUCUGCUGAUAGAGCCAAUUACACAUGAUCGAUUUGUAUUUACUAUCAUUCUUGCCUCACAUCUGUUUGCAAAGUAUCCACUUGAGAAGAGUUUGAUAAUUGCCAAGGAUCUAGUUUUGCCUGCUAUCAUUAAAUGGUCGCUGCCAUUGUACAGACUAGCAGAAACAAGCGCUGUUAGCAGUACUAAAGGGGGUUUGAGCACCGGCCAAUCUACUUCUGACUAUGCUAGCACGUUUUUCGGACUUACAGAAAUCAUGCCCAGUCUUGUCACUCUGGGAUUUGCGUUUCCCGUGCUUUUAGAUCCUAUCGCGAAACUACUUUCUGAUUUAGAAAUGCUGCUACGCAAAACUGCCAAAAACACUGCAUCACAGAAUUUGGAACUUGCAGUCAUGAAGACAUUGGCAGGCAUUGCGUCUGAUGUUAUUCAUUCCAAGAGCGGGCUUAACAAAUCGCUCAUGUAG